AUGGCAGACGUUUCUUCGCAGGGCUCUUUCGAUGAUCUCCGCGCGGAUGUGCAAUAUGCGAGGGCUCACGGAUUGGCUGUCGACCACACUAGCAACGAACUACUAGACGCGUUAUUGCUAGAUAUGUUGCAGCUCGCUGUCCCGCCUCUGCCGACAGCGAUUUUGCUCGCAGAUGAGAGCGGUUUUGACAUUCACAAUACCGAAAAGCAUAUCCGUUUGAUUAAAGGUGUGGGUGAAACCGUGAAGUCGUUUCUUCGAGAGUUUGACAAUAGCGCGCCGGUCGAUGAUCUUGCGCUUGAUGGUCAGCCAGAUCGUAUCAGCCUUUCAACAAAUAGGCACACCAAUGCCCGCCGAUUCAAAGUCGAUCAAUUGAACGAGACACUGUUUAGGCGAGACGACAUUCCGCCAAAAUUGUACCUGGAAAGGGUUUCCCCAUUCGCGUAUAUGGGUUACAUGAACCUGAGCUCUGCAACUUACGAAGAAACUGAAAAUCCGAUUCUCGAUAUUUCCAACAAGACAAACUCUCUAGCCGCUGCUGUUGUCGCCGAAAAACUACAGAUAGAGUCUAAAGAUAUUGCCUACCUAUCGCGCUUGAUCUCGAGUGACGAACCGGAACCUGCAUUCUUGCCGUCUAUGCACUCGCGAAUGUCAUCUCCUCUCACAUCUGCCCCCCGUUUCGACCCUCUUUCGCACGACUUUGAUCCGACUGCAUACCUCCCGCCCGCCGAAGAGUCAUUUUCAACGCGCUCUGAGAUUUCGUUUUCAGAGGAUUUGGGCACGCCGCUUACUCUCCCUCAUGAUUCUACGCCAUCCAGCACGCGCAAGAUCAUCUCCGGUUCGCAAUACUUUUCCAGUCCUUUGCUACAUUCCCAUAAGACUGCAGGACGCGCGCCCGGCUUUCCUGCUGAUCUUGCUACAGCUAGCGAAGAUUUUGACUAUCUCUCACAGUCUCAACCAACGGCGUUCGCUUUAGCAAUAUCAGAUGGACGAGACAAACGACUCGUUUCCCAGCUAGCAGAGCAUGCCAGCAAGGCAAACAGUACCCUUGAGAGUGAGCAUUUGAUUGAGAACGAGUCGCAGCUUCGUAUCCCAAUUCCUGUUGUCAAGGCGUUAGAGACUGCAGACGCACGAAGGCAUAGAAUUGCAAACAGCUCGUCCAUAAUGAAAGAUGCUGCUGCGAGUCUGGAAGACUGGAAGAGAGGCGUGAUCUCAUCCCAAGCGGGCGCAGACUCGGAGUUCACAAUUAGAUGGAAGCCGUUCAUAGGAAAUCCCUCCGUACUAUUUUCCGAAUGUCGCGGAGAUAGCGAGACUCUUGAGUCUGCCGAGGAUAGUCGGUCACCUCUUGACUGGUUUUCAGCAACGAGUGCUGAAAGUGUGCCCGAUAUCAAAUACUCCAGAAGUCGUGUUCACGACUGGGACUUGAGCGAUGAUUAUCCGGGCCUAGCGGCGCUGGAUCUUGAGGCAAAGGAUCAAUCGAUCUCAAUACCAAGACAACACAACGAAGCGGAGUCUCUUGACGAAUUGAUAGCUUCCCGGGCUACAAAGCAACAACUACGACAAUCCACCGAAGCAAACGAUACUCAAACAACCAGCACACUCUUCAAAGCACUCCCAGUAUGCCCUUUCGACCUCUACUCUCUGAAAGCAGAUAACGCUGCUGCUGAAAAACAUCGCAAUCAAGAAGCCUCUGCACCUCUUCUCAAAGAAGUUAAUAGACAUGAACAAGUUCAUCAGUCGGAUGUGGCACGAAUACAUACUGAAUCGCUGUCGAAAUUCAGCAAAGUCACUUUCACGCCUGAAGUAGCUAUUAUAUUUAACACUUCAUUUCUGACACUCAACCGUCAACUAUGCAAGGAUAUACGUGCCGUCACAGAAGGUCUGAGAAUCAUCGAGCGCGACUAUGGCACUGAGCAACCUGACGUGAUGUUAUCAUCGACCUGUGCGAUCUGUUUUUUCACUUUCCCAAUGAUUCUACAGCGAGAAACCGACGGCACCAGAAGUGCGGUAGCCCAUGCUAGACAGAUAGCUUUGAAGGUCGAGAAUCUCUACGUUAUUGCCCAGUUCCCGCUUCUGAGCGUGCUGCUGAAAAGCAAAAAUGAUUGGGAUGCAAUCUCGGAGUUUGUCGCCAGUCUCGCUGGGAUCCGCGUGUUCUUUGUCAAGCAUGAAGAAGACGACUACAGCGAUCUCGACGGGUUGAAGUUGUUUACUAACAUGAUCAAGAAAUUCAGCGCGGCGGGAAACGGUCUGGCUGAGGAAGAUUCUACGGUUUGGAGUCCCGAGCAGAGCUUCGGCUAG